ACUGUGCUGCACUUGUCUUGUUUGUUUGUAACAGAAACAACACAAGAUAGUAGCAUGGAUAUGCAAUCCGUUUUCUGCUCUAAUCAAAUUUCACUGUCACGCAAUCAUGGUGGUGCUCUUCGUUGCUCGUCUCAUGCAACUGCUAUCCAAUUCAGUAAAAUCCCCAACUCUCUCAAUUCCUCAAAUCUCUGGAUUCGAAACAAGGUUGUUAAUUCAGAAUCUGAUACCAAAACAACGCUUUUUCCAAAUCCUGAAGCUCCUAGACCCGGGGAAGAGCUUUCCAGCGAGUUUUACAGCCAAUUAAUCAGCAAGUGUUGCAAAGAAGGAAACUUGGAUAGAGCUAUGUCCCUUCUUGCUCAGAUGGAAGCUUUGGGGUUUCAGCUCAGUUCAUAUUCCUAUACCCACUUAAUUGAAGCCCUUGGAAAUGUUGGAAGAACUUCAGAGGCUGAUAUGCUGUUCAAGGAAAUGAUUUAUUGUGGGCUUAAACCCAGGUUGAAUUUGUACAACAUUUUGCUCAGAGGGUUUUUGAAGAAAGGCCUGUUAGGACUUGCAAAUGGGCUCUUGAAGGAAAUGGUUGAUUCAGGUAUUUGGAGGACUAGAGAGACAUAUGAGAUCUUAUUGGAUUACUUUGUGAGUGCUGGGAGGUUGGAAGAUACAUGGUCAACAAUCAAUGAGAUGAAGAUGAAAGGGUUUCAACCUAACUCAUUUGUGUAUAGCAAGAUUGUUGGGCUUUAUAGGGACAAUGGGAUGUGGAAGAAAGCAACUGAGGUUUUGGAAGAGAUCAGAGAGAGGAAAAUUUCUUUAGACACCCAUAUUUAUAAUAGUAUUAUUGAUACCUUUGGGAAAUAUGGUGAAUUGGGUGAAGCAUUGAAGCUGUUUGUGAAAAUGCAGAAAGAAGGUGUGAGGCCAAAUAUAGUGACAUGGAAUUCAUUGAUUAAGUGGCACUGUAGAGAGGGUGAUUACACGAAAGCCCUUAAUUUGUUUUCUGAUAUGCAAGAGCAAGGAUUGUAUCCUGACCCUAAGAUCUUUGUCACCAUUAUUAGCUGCUUGGGGGAGCAGGGAAAGUGGGAUACAAUAAAGAAAUGUUUUGAAAGCAUGACAAGCAGGGGGAAUAAAAAAUAUGGGGCGGUUUAUGCUGUUUUGGUGGAUAUUUUUGGACAAUAUGGGAAGUUUCAGAAUGCUGAGGAGUGUGUACAAGCUCUGAAGUCCGAAGGUGUGCUAGUUUCACCAAACAUUUUUUGUGCGUUAGCAAAUGCUUAUGCUCAGCAGGGCUUAUGUGAACAGGCUAUUAAGGUGCUUCAGAUCAUGGAAGGGGAGGGAAUUGAGCCAAAUAUUGUUAUGCUCAAUAUGUUAAUCAAUGCAUUCAGUAAUGCUGGGAGAUAUAUGGAAGCAAUGUCUGUUUAUCAUCAUAUAAAAGAAAGUGGUGUUAGCCCUGACUUGGUCACCUACACCACUCUUAUGAAGGCAUUUAUACGGGCCAAAAAGUUUGAUGAGGUUCCCAUUAUUUACAAGCGAAUGGAGACUGAUGGAUGCACUCCUGACAGAAAAGCGAAACAGAUGUUACAAGAUGCAUUAACUGCGCUUGAACGAAGGAGCACAUGAGAAAUAUAUUUAACUUAGGGAUGGAAACAUCGGAGCCAUUAACUUGUUCUUGGUCAUUUGAAAAUUAUACAUGUAUUGCUGAAUCCAUGUGAAACAGGGAUGACAGUUGACACAAGAUGAUGAGAUUGAGAUCCCUCGUGUGUACUGCCUAGAUUGUUGAAAGGGCAGGGGAGGACAAUGAUCAUCAUGUGUGUGGCAGAGUCUCCUUGAAGGUUGAAAGGUGCCGUAUCGAGAUGGACAUUUGUGGUAACAUAAAAUGGUUGCUAGAGAAGCAAAUUAAGGUUCUUUUUGUGAUAUUGGGUAUUUCAGCUGAUUGAGAAUGAUACCUAGUUGGAGGUUAUUAGCUGCAAGAGAUUCAAUGAUGUGCUAUCAUUGGCUAAUUAUCGUGUGGGGACGUGGAUCCAGAGACAAUUUGUCAUGACCAUUUAUAGUGCAAGGAAAGUCUGAAGUUGGCUUAGGAUGCACUGAAGGCCUUGAUCUUCAACACUUCAUUUGGAAGACUAGCCUACAGGAAUGAUGUUUACAAGAAGGUGCUAUUUAUAUGCGUUUAGCACCAUUAAUGUUGAAUGAUAGAAGAAUGCAGCUGGGAAUGGGGUAGUGCUUGAAGGGUAAAUCGUCCUUAUACACUUGGAUAGGGUGAGAAAAAGGGUGAUAAAUGAUAUGAUGACAAAGAAGAGUGUGAUACAAAGAAAAAAUCAGGUGGAGAAAGAUGGAGAUACCCUUGAGAUGUAUAAAAAUCAUUGUUGAUACUUGAAACAACAAUGCUGAUUCUCUCAUUCCAAUGUUUCUGUAGUGGUGUGACUGCUGUUCUCCCUGACUAUAGUUUGUAAAUAUUAUUUCAUCAUGCAGAAUAAUACUUGAAACAAAAUACAAA